ACUGCAGCGCCCGCGCUCUCAGAGCGGGUUCAUCGUAAGUGGGCAGCCUCGACCGGUUCUCAGGGCAAGAAGCAUUCGCACGGUGCCUCGCCAGGCGUAGCAGCCGCGCGGGCAGCCGCAGGCAGCCAUAAAGGCAUUCCACUGCUGCCUCUGGCCAAAACCGGCGCGCCCGGGGAGCCAUAAACAACCAUGGGCCUCCACCACAAGGUGGAAGUGCCCACGAUGAUCGCCACGAAACCAAUAGUCAAGCACUCCGGCCCCGGCGCCUACCGGCCGCGGACGCCGUCGCUCUACGCCUUCGACGAGGACGGCUCCUACGGCCUCGACGCGACGCCCUAUCCUUAUGGAGACGACGACCGGAGCUACGGGUCGCUCGAGGCGUCGGGGCCCGCAGACCCCUGGACGCAGACGGACCCCGCCCUGCCGCGCCGGGGCCCGCAGCAGAAAGUAGUAAGGCGCGGCGGCACCCUGCCGCUCGGCGCGAUCACCGUCGACGUCCGGAAGGGCGGGCGCGCGGUGACGCGCGUCGUACCCGAGCGCGAGAUUGUGCUGGCGGCCUUCCGAACGACACAACCGGCCCUCGGCCAGCGGUCUUCCGUGCAGAUGUCCUUCGAGGAGCCGCGGAGCAUGUCCUCGGUGACGUCGUUCGAGGACCGGUCGCCGCUCCGGCGGACAUCGUCACCGACUAAAUCGGUGCGCGUCCCGUCGCCGUCGGUCUACCCGACGGCCAACGUCGAGAGCCUGGGUGGCAGCGGCGACCGCCGCGCCACGGACCGCCGCAUCAUGACCGCCGACCGAGCCUUCCGGACAUCUAUCCAAGAGUCGGACGCGCCUGCAUCGACGGACGUGUACCUGCCCUUGCCAGGGGGUGGCGCCGGAGGCGGCGGGAUGACGCCCGAGGAGGCCCAAGCGCUCCAGCAGGCGGGCGUGCCGCCGGAUCGCCAGGAAGAGAGGCCACCCGUGCCUUCGCUACGCAUCGGCGCCAAGGCGGCCAUUGGGAGGAGGGAGCACCAGUGCAACCCCUCCCUGCUCAUCCAUUGCGGCGGGACGCGGCUCCCGGCCCCGGAAUUACUCGGGGACGCGCUAGGUUGGUCGCACACGCCGCGCGUCGAGCCGUCGCCAGUCGGUCUGCCCGCGUACGAGGCCUGGCCCCGGCCGGGCCCGACGCCAGAAUGGUGCUUGCACUUGUUCGCUUUAUGUCACAUCCACGCCAAGGACGCUAUUGCUUUGAAUGCGCCUAUUGUAGCGCCCACGGCCUCGCAUGCGCGAUCGUUAGGUGAGAAGGACUUGGAACCCGUGGUGCAGGCCCUGCGGCGGUUGCAAAUGGACGGCCACCUCCCGACGGAUCCCUCGACGCGCCUCCACUUUUCCUGCGACGAGCUCCAGACGUAUCUGGCGUCGGAGGACGGCCUAGGUCGCGCGGCGCGGACGCGGCCGCAGUGGGCCAAGUUGCUCGAGGCGCCCACGUUAUUGGUCGUGGCGCUCCGGCGAGGGCGGAGGGUGGCCCAAUUGGGGCCGCGGUCGCCCGACUACCUGUCGGACGCUGCGAUGUACGCGUCGCUCGCGGAGCUGCGCUCGCGGCGCCUGGCGGAGAUGGACGGGUUCCUAGCGAACCGCGACCGCGACCUCGACCCCGAGCUCUUGAACCGCGCCCAGCGGCGCCGGGCCAACUACAAGGAGUCUAUGCGGCUUAAAGAUAAAACGCAGCACGCGAGGAUGGUCCACGCGCACCACGCGCGGCGCCGCGACGCCGCGCGGCGGGCCAACCUCGCGAACCGGAACUUUGAUGAAAGGCGGUACGAGGCGAGCCGUGAUGCCUACGCGGCGGCGAUCCAACAGGCCGAGCACCUCGAGGCGCUCGUGGCGGCGGCCGACGACAAGGCGCGCGGGGAGUUGAUGCGGAAACUAUCCGAGGCGACGCGACGCGCGGAACAGUCCGCGGCCCAGGUGGCCUUUGCCUCUGCAAAGGCCGAGGCCUCGCUCAAACGAUACAAGGCGCCGCCGCCAAUCGGACCCACCGAAAAAAUCCCGAUCGAGCUCGACCCGUUCAUGCAUGAUUUGGUCGCGGUCGACCAGCCCUACUCGUACCACGGGGACAUGGUCGAGGCGCGCAGUUCGACGGCCUCCCAAACGUACCGUGAUGCCGGCGCGCCGCGGUCCGCCGCGUCGAUCAACCACGAGCUUAGUCAAGCGGAACAUAUCCUCCACAGCCUCCAGAAGGAGCCGGACGCGUUGCCUCGCCCGGGCGGGCCUGAGCCCCUGGACGACGCGGGGUCUUACACGCGGCCGUACAAGGGACCCAUCGUGAAGGAGGACUGGGCGGGGAUGACGUACGGCGACGCUGGAGGACAAGAAAAGUCCCAAGUCGGGCCGCGGCACCCCCUCAACCGCAUGCCUCCGUUCGCGCACGGAGCGCUGGACGCGAAGGAGCAGCGGACGUACUUCGCGCCGAGACCACACCUGAGGAAACGGGCGGGCUACUGGCCAGGACUGGGUACGCCGCAUAAGACAUUAAGUUAG